CAAGCGCCUGCUGCUGCUCAUCCACUUUUACUUUCACGCUCUUCAGUAGACGGUCAAACAGAGCACUUACUGUUCGUCAAGAUGCGCGACGGGCUCAACGGUUUGUGCAUUUGGAUUAUACUGUUAUUAAACGGCGGGUUGGUGGUUAUGAGGAGACAGGACUCGUCUUCAGCUCUUGGCAGUAUUUUCCGGACGAGGUGCGCCGCCAGGUGCCUGAGCCUCCACAGCACGCGCAUCGCUCUCUCGCCAAGACAUUUCCAGAGUAAUGGAUCCCUUGGAUGGUGUCAGAGCCAUAAACAGUGUGCAAAGUGCCUGGAGCCAUGCAAAGACUCCUGGGAGUUGAAAGACGGACCUUGUCGAGAUUUAUGUGAGCAUGCGUUUCCCAAGCGUCAUGGGGAGUGUGUGACCAGCUGUGAGUUCCUGCGAUCGGUGAUGGUGGUGAAACAGGGGGACUGUCCGCCGCCGGAGAGAGCAAGUGGUUUUGCAGCCGCCUGUGUGGAAGGAUGUGAGGAAGACGGAGAGUGUUCAGGACAGAAGAAAUGCUGCCCGAAUGGCUGCGGACACACAUGCCAGUCUCCUAAAAACCUCUACAGAGGUGCUCCUCUGAAGCCCAGGAAGGAGCUGGUGUUUGAAGAGCUGGAGUCUGGUGUGUUGGAAGUGCGCUGGUCCUCCAAGUUCAAUGUGUCGGCAGAGCCAGUUCUAAAUGUUCUGCAGAGAAGGUGGAACUACGGCAUACACCCCAGUGAAGAUGGAGCCACUGAGUGGCAAGUGGUGGCACGGACAUCAGAAGAGCGUGUGUGGCUAACAGACAUACGGCCUGGUCGCUGGUAUCAGUUCAGAGUGGCAGCGGUCAAUGUUCAUGGAACCAGAGGAUACACCACCCCCAGCAGACACUUCAGAUCAUCUAAAGAUCCUCCCCCUCCCCCAGCGCCAUCUGAUCUUCAUGUUAGCGACAUGACCUUUGGUGUGGAUCACUCGGCGUCUGUCCGACUCAGCUGGAGCAUUUCUGCAGAUUUAGACAUCCCAGUAAACCACUACAAACUCUCCUGGAGCUCCUCUGACCACACUCUGCCACCCAAACUCAAGAAGAGAGAGACUGUAAACGGGGACUCUACCUAUGCCGAGCUGGAUGAUUUGAGAGAGAGCGGGAGUUAUAAUGUGGAGCUCCAGGCAGUUUCAUACUGGGGUCAGGUCCCGCUCAAAAGCUCCAAGGCCAUUCUUCAGUUUACUACAAGCCAAACACAAUCUGAUUUGGAGCCUACAGUCAGUCCGGUCUUUAUAAAGCCCCAGUCAGAUCUACUAGACGUGGGCACUCCGUUUUAUCAAGAUGGACAGCUGCAGGUCCGGGUUUAUUGGAAAAAGAAAGAUCCCACCGUGAAUCGUUACCGUGUGCAGUGGGCUCCAGAAUUCUGCAGUCACAACGGAUCCAGAACCCAGGAGAAGCUCAUCACCCAGGAGAAUUUUGCCAGCCUUCCCGGUCUUCAGUUUUCUUGCAAGUAUAAAGUGAUCAUCCAGCCUGUGGGGUCAAAGGGCCGAGCCCAGGUGGAAAGCACUACUUUCUACACUCCAUCCUGUGCUACUAUCCAGAGCAAGAGUCCCAAACCAAUCCCAUGCUCUUCUGUCCCAGUGGUUCUGCCAAAGGUCCUGGUCAAGGCAGAGAAUCUAACAGCUGCAUUCUCAGUCUACUUGGGGAACGUGACAGGCCUGUUCUCAUGGGUAGUGGCCAUGCCUCAACAGCCACAGCAGGUCACAGGGUAUCAGGUCACAUGGGCAGAGGUCAUCACAGAGAGCCGGAGGAAUAAUCUGCCCAACAGCCUCAUAUCCCAGUCUCAGAUCCUGCCACCAGAGCGCAACAUCCUGGUAGUUUCUGGCCUUCAGUUGGCAUCACUCUACAGACUUGAGGUGCAGGUGAUCACUGCAGCAGGACAAGGACCAGCAACAUCCAGAACCUUUCAAACACCCACUCACAGCAAGCCUGUCCUGCAUUACAAACCCAGGAUUAAGAAACACCAUCUAAGGUCAGUGAUUGAACGCCACUGAACCGCAAUACAUCAUCCUGGAUCAGAACUGACUCCUCAGGAACACGGAGAACCAGAAGAACCAAAGAACAGUUAAUUAUGAAUCACAAUGUCAACCUGAGCCAGUCAGCUGCCUCAUAACUCAACUUGGGGACAUGCUGUAAUCUGAAGAUCAAAUUGUGAUUGACGUUAUGAUAUUUGAAGACCCAGUCAUUUCCUGUUGGGAGGAUUGACUUCCACAAACUAAUUAGAAUUGACUUUGUGAGACAGUCUUGUGAAUCAAAAGCAAAAGCUGUAGGGUUAAAAACAAAAGAUGCGCAAAUAUAGCCCAAACAUGCCUAAAAGGCAUGCUUUUAAUGGCAUCCUCACUAAAAAAAGAAAGGAAAAAAGGACUUUCUGGUUACCCACACCCUAAACGCUGCAAAUGGAGCCUCUUUAAUUCAAUAUUGCAUGUUACGACUAAUUUGGCUUGACUUGUAAAUAAGCCUGACUCAGUACAACUGCUUGUGGUUUUGCAUGUGUUUGUUAAGCAUGGAAUUUUGCUGUUUGUAUCCCCAUUGUGUCGAUAGUAACAGAGGAGGAGUCAAUGAGGAAAAAAGAAUACAAUUCCAGCUCUUUAAAAGGAAAUGUCAUUUAAUUUUAGGAGGGUUUUGUGUGGUGCGUGCUCAAUAUGCUGUAGAGAUAUUUGUUUGCAGUCAUGUAAUUCCUGUAUAUACUGUAUGUUUUUUAUUUAUUUCAGUAUGCAAUACAAAUGUGUCAUGUGAAUUUGUAACUGUCUGUGUGUGUGUGUGUGUGUGUGUGUGUGUGAGUGCAUGAAUGUGUGUGUGUGGGUGGGUUCCCUAAGCAUCAUUCACAAACUGACAAACCCUUGCAAGGAGAUUUUGUAUAAAUAUAUUUGUAAAUUCCCAUGGAUAAUGAAUAUUAAUGUACAUAUUUUAUAUGAAUAAAGCUGAUAAACCUUGUUUUCCCUUUA